AUGGCCAGCCCUUCUCCACCCUCUUACGAUUAUCGACAUACUUUCCAGCCAUGGGAUGUAGUCACUCAGACCGUAUGUCUUACUGUGAGCACCAGCUUUGUCGCCAUGCGUCUGUAUUCAAAGCUCCAUAUCACAAAGGCGCCUGGAUGGGAUGACUGGACUUGCUGUAUGGCCUGGCUCGGACUGAUAGGAUAUGUCGUUCUUGCUUUCGAGGCAGACAGACACGGACGUGGCGUCCAUCAAUGGGAGAUAGACGCUUCGGAUCUGCGCGAAUUUUCCAAAUUGGCAAACGCGUCCCAAAUUCUCUACGGGCCUUUGAUCUUCUUGACGAAAUUGUCCAUCUUCCUGCUAUACGUGCGGGUAUUCGCGCCAUCGGCCAAGUGCAACCCAUUCUGGUUCAUACAGGUCCUUAUCGGGCUGAACUUCCUGUUCUAUCUGGCAGACACCAUCGUGAAGAUAUGCGAAUGCACCCCGCGGGCGAGAAUCUGGGAUAAAACCGUCCCGGGCAAUUGUAUCGACCUCAACGUACCGAUCCUUGUGACGUCCAUUGUGAAUGUGGUUUCCGACCUUAUGAUGCUUUUGAUGCCCAUCAGGUGUGUAUGGCGUCUACAGAUUGCCGUGCGAAAGAAAAUAGGAAUUUCCGCGAUAUUUGCUGCAGGCAUCUUUGGCUGCAUCGCCAGUAUAAUGCGUCUUGUAGUUAGCAUCGGGCAGCGAGACACGCCCGAUAAGACGUACGACUGGUUUCCGGGGUUUCUAUGGACAAGUGCGGAAAUCACCUCGGGAAUCGUCGCCAGUAGUCUGCCGGCCUUACCAAGCUUCUACAGACACACUUCUGAAAAGGUGAAGGUUCUGCUGACGGGUAUAAAAACGGGAAGCUUUGCGACUUCUACGAAGAAAUCAGUCAGCACGAGCAAUGGAUCUGGGGCUGGACAGUCCACUUCGCGCCCUGUCUGGCGCGCUGCUCAGUAUCCUAGCAGGACCGAUUUGGUGUCUGGGUCGGAAUGGGAAAUGGGCGAGGUCGGGCCGUUUCAUGGGACGUGCUAUACGACUACAGAAGCUACGGCGGAGAUAGAUGGGGAGAGAGGGUUCCACUUGAAUGUCGAUGGUCUCCGGGUCGGGGAGGGAUGUGGACCGAGGGAUGGGAUUCUGAAGAUCGUGGAGGUAGAUAUUGAGUCGGGUCCGGGGUGA